GGCUGUCGCAAACCGGUGAAUGGAGAGGGAGUUGAGGGAGUGGGGGGAGGGAGGAAAGAAGGGGUUUAGCAAGUCAGCGCCGUGCUGCUAGGAGUUUCUGGUGGCGGCGGCGGCCGGAGCCGGGAGCCAGAAGCUGGGCCUCAGGUAGACCGGACAAAAGGGGGAGGAGGCAGGAGGUUAUUAAAGCGAAGUUACCAGUACCUCCGUCGCCCAGGCCUGCAGAGAAGGUGGCAGUGGAGCCCUCGCUUCUUGAGCAAGGAAGAUGGAUCCCAACCGGAUCAUCCAGGCGCUGAAAGGCACCAUCGAUCCCAAACUGCGGAUCGCGGCCGAGAAUGAGCUUAACCAGUCCUACAAGAUUAUCAAUUUUGCUCCCAGUCUACUUCAGAUUAUAGUCUCAGACCAAGUUGAAUUCCCAGUACGUCAAGCAGCUGCCAUUUACCUGAAGAACAUGGUGACACAGUACUGGCCAGAUCGAGAACCCCCUCCUGGAGAAGCAAUAUUUCCAUUCAACAUUCAUGAAAAUGAUCGCCAGCAGAUUCGAGAUAACAUUGUGGAAGGAAUAAUUCGGUCUCCAGAUUUAGUGAGGGUCCAGUUAACAAUGUGUCUCCGUGCCAUCAUCAAGCAUGACUUUCCUGGUCACUGGACUGCGGUGGUAGACAAGAUAGGCUAUUACUUACAAUCUCAAAGCAGUGGGAGUUGGCUUGGCAGCUUAUUAUGUCUAUACCAGCUUGUGAAGACAUAUGAAUACAAGAAGUCGGAGGAAAGAGAACCUCUAAUAGCAGCAAUGCAAGUAUUUUUACCUCGAAUUCAGCAGCAAAUUAUCCAGCUUCUUCCUGAUCCAUCCCAUUACUCUGUACUACUACAGAAACAGAUUCUUAAAAUUUUUUAUGCACUUGUUCAGUAUGCAUUACCACUUCAGUUGGUGAACAACCAAACUAUGAUGCACUGGAUGGAGAUCUUCCGCACUAUUAUUGAUAGAAUAGUUCCCCCUGAGACUUUACAGAUUGAUGAAGAUGAUAGACCAGAACUGGUAUGGUGGAAAUGUAAGAAGUGGGCAUUACACAUUGUAUCUCGUCUUUUUGAACGAUAUGGAAGCCCUGGAAAUGUGACCAAGGAAUACUUUGAAUUUUCAGAAUUCUUUUUGAAAACUUAUGCAGUAGGAAUCCAACAGGUACUUUUAAAAAUUUUAAACCAAUAUAGACAGAAAGAAUAUGUAGCUCCACGUGUUCUUCAGCAAACAUUGAACUAUCUUAACCAAGGGGUAAUUCAUUCUAUAACCUGGAAACAGAUGAAGCCACAUAUACAGAAUAUAUGUGAAGAUGUGAUUUUCACUGUGAUGUGUUAUAAAGAUGAGGAUGAAGAGCUAUGGCAAGAGGAUCCAUAUGAAUAUAUACGAAUGAAGUUUGAUGUUUUUGAAGAUUAUGCAUCUCCAACAACAGCAGCUCAGAAUCUGUUAUAUACUGCAGCAAAGAAAAGAAAAGAGGUGUUGCCCAAAAUGAUGUCCUUCUGUUAUCAAAUCCUUACAGAACCGAACUUUGACCCUAGGAAGAAAGAUGGAGCAUUACAUGUGAUAGGCUCCCUAGCUGAUAUUUUAUUAAAGAAAAGUAUAUUCAAGGACCAAAUGGAAUUAAUGCUGCAGAAUCAUGUAUUUCCACUGUUUUUGUCUAACCUGGGUUACCUCAGAGCAAGAUCCUGUUGGGUUCUUCAUUCAUUCAGCACUUUGAAAUUCCAUAAUGAACUCAACCUAAGAAAUGCAGUUGAACUAACAAAAAAAAGCCUAAUCGAAGACAAGGAAAUGCCUGUCAAGGUGGAGGCUGCAAUUGCUCUUCAGUCAUUAAUUUGUAAUCAAGAACAAGCCAAAGAGUAUGUGAAGCCACAUGUGAGGCCCGUCAUGCAGGAACUAUUACACAUUGUUAGAGAGACAGAAAAUGAUGAUGUUACUAACGUUAUCCAGAAGAUGAUCUGUGAGUACAGUCAAGAGGUGGCUACUUUCGCUGUGGACAUGACCCAGCAUUUGGCUGAGAUAUUUGGCAAAGUUCUUCAUAGUGAUGAAUAUGAAGAAGUAGAGGACAAAACUGUUAUGGCUAUGGGAAUUUUACAUACAAUUGACACUAUUUUGACAGUUGUGGAAGAUCAUAAAGAGAUAACUCAGCAGUUGGAGUGCAUUUGUCUUCGGAUCAUUGGUCUUGUUUUGCAAAGGCAUGUGAUAGAAUUUUAUGAAGAAAUUCUUUCAUUGGCAUAUAGUUUGACUUGCCAGAUGGUUUCACCUCAAAUGUGGCAGCUGUUAGGUAUAUUGUUUGAAGUUUUUCAGCAGGAUUGCUUUGAAUACUUUGCAGACAUGAUGCCUCUCCUACACAAUUAUGUUACUAUAGAUACGGUUACUUUACUAUCCAAUCCUAAGCAUUUAGAGAUAAUUUACACAAUGUGUAGAAAGGUAUUGACUGGUGAUGCAGGAGAAGAUGCAGAAUGUCAUGCAGCCAAACUGUUAGAAGUAAUUGUUCUUCAGUGCAGAGGAAGAGGAAUUGAUCAGUGCAUUCCUCUGUUUGUAGAAGUUGUGCUGGAAAGAUUAACCAGAGGGGUUAAAACAAGUGAGCUCCGUACCAUGUGUCUCCAGGUUGCUAUUGCUGCCUUGUACUACAAUCCUGAUCUGCUUUUGCAUACUUUAGAACGCCUUCAUUUUCCACAUAAUCCUGGACCUAUAACUGCACAGUUUAUAAAUCAGUGGAUGAAUGAUACUGAUUGUUUUCUUGGGCAUCAUGACCGGAAGAUGUGUAUAAUAGGACUGAGCAUCUUACUGGAGUUACAAAAUCGACCUCCUGCAGUAGAUGCUGUGGCUGGACAAAUAGUUCCUUCAAUCCUUUUCCUUUUCUUGGGUCUCAAACAAGUCUGUACCACUAGACAACUUACUGACCAAAGAGAUCAUUCUAAAGAGGAAAAGGCAGAUGCAGAAGAUAAUGAGGAAAUUCCAAGUGAUGAGGAAGACACAAAUGAAACUAAUCAAGCAAUGCAUGAGAAUAAUGAAGGACGAGAUGAAGAUGAGGAAGAAGAUGAUGAUGAUUGGGAUGAAGAUGUUUUGGAAGAAACUGCUCUUGAAGGAUUCAGCACUCCACUUGAUGUCGAAGAUAGUGUGGAUGAAUAUCAAUUUUUCACACAGGCCCUAUUAAAUGUGCAGCAACGGGAUGCUUCCUGGUACCAUUUGUUGACAGCACCACUCAGUGAAGAACAGAAGAAAGCAUUACAGGAAAUUUACACUUUGGCAGAACACCGGAGAAAUGCUGCAGAGACAAAGAAGAUUGAACAAGGAGCCUUCACCUUUGAUAAUAAAGGCAUGCUUUCACCAUUUAACUUUGGGACUGUACCUAGCAACAAUUGAAGAAAGAAAUGCAAGGACUGAAUUUCAUCAUUAGAUUUUAUUUCACAGUGGUUAUUGACUUUUGAGGGUUAAGGGGAAGAAAUGAGGGGAGUUUUCCUUUUUAAGUGGCCUGCUCUACCAGUUUCCUUAAGCAGCACUUUUAUCUCCUUACCCUAUUUCUAGUAUUUUAAACAACCACAGUAAUGUAUGAAAUUUUAAGAAAGAAAAAUGUUGGACUUAAAAAACCAACUGUAUACUCCAAAGGAUGAUUGACUAAGGUGGGUUUGAAUUGAAUUGCACUUCUCAGGUUUUUGCCAUGCAGAAUUGGUUGAUUUAUAUUUGGAUAACAGUGCCUUCUGUUGUACAUGGAUUGCCUGCAAAAAAAAAAAUGGAGUGCAUUGCAGUUUUUUAAGCAUAUACUGUAAGACUUGGUUAUAUGUUUUCCUGUUCUGCAUUUUACUACAUGAAUUUAUUGUUUGGUAUUUAGUUGUAAUUCACUCUGGUUUCAAAAAACAUAAUUGCUGCCCUACUCAGAGAUGUCUCUGGGAAAUUUCUUCAGGACUUGUAAAUUUGCAUGGCACUGAUAAAAGUUUCAUUUGUGAAAAA